ACCUGCGGGGACAACAUGUCAAAAGAGGGGCAGACGGUCGUUGUCGGUCGAGCCCAAAAAGGGCCGAAAGGGUCUCAGACGAAGCUGGGAGAUGGCGAGGUGGAUCGAGUGAAGAUGGACAAGGAGGUGGUGAAAGCUGUCUUGGCCAGCCCGUUGACUGUGGCGUGGCCUAAUCUUCCUCGACAUUUACAAUACGCCGUGACUCAGGUGCUCCCUCUUCUCUUGCCAACCGAAGUGGCGGAUUAUCAUGUGUCCCGACAGAGAUGUCAGAAGCGUGCCAACAGAUUAGCUCGUACGGUCGAACGAGCUGCUAAAAGAGGGACAAAUACCCCAACUCAUUCCGAGGCUACUACAACACAUGUUGCUGGUGGGUGCUCAAUGCCGGAAGACGUUACUCUUGAUCCAUCACCCUCAACGAAAAGCCCUGGUUGCACGAAGAAGAAUCAGAGUCAAGCUUCUGUCCCACAGGCCUCGACAUCUGGUGAGGUCGAGAGAGGUCCCGCGCGCCCUGAAAUUUUACAACAUUUAGUACUCGGUAUCAACGAAAGUAUUAAAGCUCUCGAACAACAAAUUGACGUGUUGAAGAUGGAGAUGAUGAUGAUGGCCGACCGACUUGCUCAAUCAAACGGACUCAAAUCCGCCCAAGUGACACUCCCCACUCAGCGAUUCCUCCCUACCGCUCCAGACGCCCCCGUCCGUCCCCAUACUUCCCCCCAGCUUGAAGACCGAAACGGAGACGUACUCCUCCACAAACCACCGGCUGCUUUAGCUUUUGUGAUCGUCCCAUUGCCCGAUAUCAAUCCACCAGCCUUGAUAGAUCCAAUACCUCAAUAUUGCGCCACGUACAACUCUUUGGUUUACCAGCAUAACCAUCUCUCCAAGAUAUUCAGAUCACGUAUCAAAAGAGCGGAUUGGGGACUGGUCGCAGAUGGCACCAAAGAAGAAGUGAGAGUCGUUCCGCUAGGAAGAGUGGAAGGGGAGAUGGCGGCUUUGGCUGGGCUUCGUCGGCUGGCUUGUCUUGGCAUACGAGAGUCGCACCCGGCGUUGAAGAAAGUGGCGGAUCUUCUACCAAAAUCCGUCCUUCAUCCUCCUCGACAUAGUGUCACGCUUCCGUUUCCUAUCCCUUCGCUCAAAGUAUACUCUGGGCAAACAGGCGAUCCAAUGAUCGAGAAAUUCAGAGGGACGAAGAGGAAAUUGGACACGAUGGGACCGGAGGAACAGCCAAAGUCGACUUCCUUACCCAUCCCUCAUGUCCAUUACGCGUCGAUACACAUCAAGGGCAUUACUACCACGGUCCCAGCCGAUGGCACGGCAAGAAAGGCCCGAAGGCUGCAGGAGGUGAGGGCAAGGCGAGUAGAGAAUAAGGAGAAGAAGAGGGAGGACAGAGCCAGGUUUAUGACGCAGGCAUCAAAGUUGAAAUACGGCAAGAAGACGCGGCCGGGAAUCAGCAGCGGAAAGAAGUCAAAGGCAGGAACUCGGUGACUCAUAGAUUGCUACUUUUUCGCGGGGGUCAUUCUCCAAAAUAUACAAUACAACCUCAUUUCUUUCUUUUUAAAAUCAUAGCAUAUGCAUUCCACCGCAAUGAUCAUCGU